AACAAAUAAAAGUUAGAGAGAGAAACUCUCACUUAUUCAAGGAUAAAUAUUUUUUCUUGGUCUUGGUGUUGUUAUGGUAUUGUUUGGUUUUGCACACUUAGCUUCCCUCUCUCUCCCUCUCUCUCUCUCUGAUGAAAUCUGACCUUGAAAGAUCACUUCCGGCUUCUCUCGUGCUCUUUGUUAGCUUGCUCUCUUUCUUUCUUUCCUUCUGAGAUCGAAUCUUGUUCAUAGAGAGAAAUCUUUCUUGCACUCAUGAGGAUUAGGAAAAGACAGGUGCCGUUUCCUCUCUCUCCUCUUUCUCCACUGCCUGUCUCAGAUCCCCACUUCAGCCGUUCUCCGGUGGUGCAACUUCAACUUAACAUAAACCCACCUCAGAAUCUCCGUCAACAAGAUCACACACCUGCCUUUUUCGAUCCUCAGUCUUUUCAUCAACAAAAUCAACCGAUCGGAGGUGGAAGCAACCCCCAGGCUUGCUCUGAUGGUUCUGGAGCUCAGGAGCUCAAGAAGGAGGCCAAAGAUUUUCCGGUUUUGUUGCAGAAAGAUGAGAGAGGAGGUGGAGGAGUAGAAGGUGAAAGGAGUAAUAAUACCAGGGGAAGUUUCUUGGUUCCUGAAAGAGAAAUUGUGGUUCAUCAACUAUCAAAUUCGUCCCAUCAAGAAGUCGGGAGGUGGUGUGAGGGAGAGAAAGCAUUUCCAUUAAAGAAGAGGAGAGGGAACUUUGAAAGAUCAAAAGAAGAAACAACAGCAGCGAAAGAUAAGAAAAUGAAGACAAAAAUGAACAAGAAAUGCCUGCAACGAAAUGCCAAUCCAGAAGUAGUAGAUAAAGAAGACAAGGAAACCAAAGAGGGUAUUGAUGCUGCUAAUACCAGUACUGUUAAAAAGAGAGUUAGAGGCGGUGGACUUAUGGAGGGAUCGAGGUGCAGUCGUGUGAAUGGGAGAGGAUGGAGAUGUUGCCAACAAACCCUUGUGGGAUACUCUCUUUGUGAACAUCAUCUGGGAAAAGGAAGGCUAAGAAGCAUGACCAGCGUACGUAGCCGAGCCGUGGCAAGUACCGCAUCAAAGAAGGUCAUGUCAUUCCAGCCAUUACCAGCAAGAACCUCAUUAUCAUCAGAAGAAAAAGAACAAAAACAUCUUUUGUCAGACAAUAAACUUGAUGGCGAAGUUGAAGAAGGCAAUGACGAAAAGAAACCAUUAAUUAUUUCAAAGAAGAAAAUGAAACUAGGCAUAGUGAAAGCUAGAUCAAUAAGCAGCUUGUUAGGCCAAGAAAACCAUGCAAUUGCAGCAGCUGAGAAUAACUUGUAGGACUUGCAGCAAAGUUUGAACGCAGAAUCAGGAUCAUUACAUGUUCUUAUUUGAAAGAAAGUGAAGAAUUGAGGCUCAUAUUGCACCUAGUGCAACAAUUUUUAAGUCAUUUGGUGCUUGAGAUUCUUUAAGAAGAACAAAUGGAUGCUUGAUAAAGUGUUUUUCUUAAUAUAAGUUUCUUUCCAUUGUUA